AUGGCUCAAUCCACAAUAGCAGAAACGACGAUGACGACAGCAGCAGCAGCAGAGAAGCCUUUGGUAGAGGUUGAUGCUCCCUCAGAUGUUUCACUGCUAUGGCAGCAAGCUCUAGAUAAAUACCAGGAGAGCACAGGCAAAAAUCUCAAGCAAAUACCCAGUUUUGGCCGUGUCGAGGACAUCCUGGCAGACGCCGAACUUCAGCAAAGCAUGUUCAGCACUUUCCGACACAACGGUGAAAUGGGUGACAGGCUUCGCUCGUCUGUGGCGAGGAAUGCUAGUUUCCUGGAAUCUCUCAGGUUUGUCGUAGAUGGAGCUGCUUUGGCGUACCCGCCAACGACCGCGAUAUCAUCUGCAUUUUUCUACUUUCUCCAGAUGACCAAGCAUAUUUCUUCGGAUUAUGAUAAGAUAGUCGACUUUUUCGACACAAUGAAAAAUUGUCUCGAACGACUGUCAAUUAUUCAGGUAAAGUUGCCAUCGAUUCCUGCAUAUACGUCUCAUGUUGUACGGGUUUUCUCCGCAAUGCUGAGCGUAUGUGGUAUUGCAACCGCCUACAUAAAGAAAGGAAGAUUUAAAAAAUGGGUCCGGGUUUUAAGGGAGGGCGGAGGGGAUGGGAAUUUGCAAAGCGCCCACGCCGCCAUGGAGAAGUCGCUUACGGAGCUCGAAUCUGCCUCAGUCACAGUCAUUCUCGCGACCACCGAAGGUCUGAAACAGGACACGAAGGGCAUCGUUGCCACAACCGAAAGAAUUGAUAUUAGCAACCAGAGAAUCGAUACUAGAACUGAAAGGAUAGAAUUAUCGAUACUCUCACAGCGGGAUCAGUUCCACGAAAUGUCAGCGAAUUUCGAGAAAUUGUUGAAAAGUCAGCGGAAGGACGCAAAAAAACUACAGUUAUAUGACCCCGGAAAGGUAGUAGAUGCGAGGACACGCAAGCACGUUGCCUUUAAUUCUGUGAAGCUUUGUUUUGAGACCAGUAUUGAUCCCGCCUGGCAGACACGAGAUAUUGAGUACUCCUUUGUAAAAGGUUCAGCUAAAUGGGUUUUAGAAGAGGAAGCAUAUCAAGCGUGGCGAGAAGGGGGCAAUAACCCAUAUCUGUGGAUUUCAGGUGACGCUGGUUUUGGGAAAACAUGCAUCGCAUUUUCGCUGGCUAGAGAGCUAACGGAAUCUGUUGCGUCAGAACCGAAGACCUCAGUUGCAGCAUUUUACUUUCAGAGUGACCAAGCGGAACUCAGAUCUGUGUCAAAUGCGAUGUCAAGUAUUAUUAUUCAAAUUGCAAAGCGGAACACCUCCUACUGUGAACAGGUGUCGUCAGAAAUCGGCAAGUCGGACGGAGAUGUUGAUAUCGAUAAUUGGUCGACUGACCUAUGGGAGCGGUUCUUUCAGUCCAAGUUCGGAAGCAAGUCUAAUAACAGGCUCUUUCUAGUCAUCGAUGGUUUGGAUGAGAUAUCUGCUGAGGAUAGAGUGAAAUUCUUAGGCUUGUUAGCUCAAGUGCGAAAAGAAAGCCUCAAUAUGCACGUCUUGUUCACAAGCCGUACAGAUAUACCGUCGUCUCCGAAACUCCUCCAGCCGCUCGAAAUUACUGCUACCAAGGAUAAAUUGCUGCCAGACAUGACACUUCUGGUUAAAGACCGAUUGAAGCGCCUCCCAAAUUUAUAUGCACUCCACAAGAAGACUAAACGGAAAAUCCUUUCCAGGGUCCUUGAGAAGGCUGACUCAAUGCUGUAUGUCGACCAUAUGCUGCGUCGAUAUAAUUCCAUCGGCAGAGAGGGGGCGGUGUUGAAGGAUCUAGAGACGAAUCUUCCGGACAAUCUCCAGUCUCUCUAUAAUAAUAUGUUAGCUGAACUUACGCAACGCAGAACUUCUGAACACAUGAAAAUUUUUAAGAAUCUCUUAGCAUGGUUGGCCUUCUCAAAACGACUUUUAACUGUUGGAGAGGUAGAUGAUUUGACCACGCUUCUAGGUCAGGACCGGUCAUAUAACAUCAUAGAGGAGGUUGAGGGGAAAUCUUCUAGAAUUCUGAGAAUUGCACGAACUUUUGACGAAGAGAACCAAGACGACGAAAGUGAUGGCGAGGGAGAUCCUCCUGAUGAUGCGUCGGUGGCCUCGAAAAUGAUAGCAGACGACAACGCAGCAUCACUUCAGUUUUUGGAUAGGUCACUACGGGACUACUUCCGCUCCGCUGACGUAAAUGAAGAGGAAUUGCGAACAGACGUUUCCUCCGCUCAUCUCAUCAUAUUUGAAAUGUCGGUCAAUGUGAUAUGCGGAAUGUAUAGGUCUAAGGGUGCGAAGGCAGGAGAUCAAGUGAAAAAUUACGCAAUUAAUUUUUGGGCUCGCCACUUCUUGGAUCUUGAUCCUCUUUCCGCAACGGAAAAGGAUGUUGUGAGAGUCAUCGAACCCCUGGUUCUCAUUCUGAGCAACCACAAUAACGCAGCAAAAGAACUUGAAUCGGCACCGGUGUACCGUGAUGUCUUUGGUAAAACAGUAAAGCGUCAGAACGAUUUUUUGAAACUAGUUGCGAUAUGGGUCGAGAGAGCAUCAGAUCUGAAAGUGGAGAAGCUUAACGAUGGAGCAAGAUCGUGGGUUGAGAGCGCUGUUCGCUCUCUAUUGAAGAUUAUGGUUCCGCUAGCGCGAGGACAUGUCUUGAAUUGGUUCCAGCAGAUACAUGAAGAACAUGACUGCUUUGGGUUUGCCGCUGAUGCGCUUUUAAUGGCAAGUAGCACUGAAAUUUUUGGCUCAACGGACCUCCACCCAAUUAUUCCUGCAAGACAUAUUACAAAAGCUAAAAUUAUCAAGAGCUUUGCGGACGUCUUUUCAGACAUUCCAAAGGACGAAACGGCAUAUCGAGCCGUAGCACUCGUUUUGAAAAAUAAGGAGCACUACGAUGAGGCUAUUGUCGCUUGCAAGACUGCUUUAGCAGUGUCAUCUUCUGAUACAGGUCGCUUCCGUACAUCGGUGGUUCUAGCACAGAUAUAUUGCAAAUUGUACGGUGACGAAGUUGAGAAUGGAUCUGAUGCUGGAGGGUCUGAGGAAGAUUCUAGUGAAUACAAUGCCAUGGCAUACAAAGAGAUCUGCGAGGCUCUCUCCAAACGACCCCCAAUCGACAACAGCCCAGCAUCUAAGGAAGUCCUCCUACUAAUUCGAGAAGCUCUGCUCAUCCGAGGGGACUGCGAGCGUGUAAUAAAGAAGAUGGAUGCGGCCGUGAAAUCGUUUGGGGAAGCAAGAACCAUUUGUCCAUCUGAGAUUCUGGGCGGAGAUUCCCUGAACGAAAUAACAUCUAUUCUCGGAGAACAGGGAAGAUUUACUGAGCUAAUGGAAAACGUUGAGCUCUGGACACCCUGGGAGAGGAUGGCUUGGCUGACUGCCAACGACGAGGAUGAUAGACAUGACAUCUUCCGCAAUGCUGCAACCGUAACUGGGAAAGAAGACUUCUUGGUGAAGACCUACGAAGAUAUAAUAGCGUACCUCGAUCGUUCGAAAUCAUCCGCUGCCAUCCGUUGGGAACUCGGUUCAUAUUACCAGACCGUAAAGGGCGAUUUCGCAAAGGUGAAGCCUUGGUUCUACUCAAUCGUCGAUGGAGACUCAUUCAUCAGUCCCGCUACUGGUGAAGAAGAUCUGGUUAUCCUCUCCGAAACACAGCUGAACCUUUGCGACAUCAUAUAUGAGGAAUUCCGUCGAGCAGAAACGUUCGAAAAAAAGAUAGCGUCCAUGGAAGAGCUGAAAAGACUGCAAACACGCCGGCGCAGAGCUGCUGUGGAUGAUGGAGACGUUUAUGAAACAGCCAGCUCCAUCGUCCAUGCAAAUAUGCUUCGCAAGAUGGGCCCCGCCCAUGAGUUCCAGAAUAUAUUGGAGAAAACAUUCCAAACAUGCAUUUCCUCAUUGACGGAUGACAAGGGUUGGAAUGACCAGAACAGUCUCUGCCUACUCGCCAAGGUCCUUGCUACUGUUGGGGGGUUGGAAAAGGAGGCGCAGAUCGCUUUCUCCGCCCAGUUCUAUAUCAUCGACCCGGAGGUCGAGCAUGGCUGGUCAGAUGAGGAGUCGAUAUGGAGCACUGACGGCGAAAAUGUCGAAGAGGAGGGCGACUCUGCUUCAGAUACUGGAUGCGACGACUCUGGCAGCUCAGGCUCCAGCCCCAGCUCGUCAUCUGGUAAGAAAGAGUCUAAUGUGAAUGGAGACUUCGCGCCCGAUACUGCCUAUGUUUGCCAGGGGGAAUGUGUGGAUGAUGAGAUUGAGUCGUGGGAGACUGGGCCCGUCUACCUCUGCAUGAUAUGUACGAACUGCGAUUUGUGCAAUGCGUGUUAUGAGAAACGCCAGGCGUAUAAUAAGGAUUCGAGUAAUAAUACGCAUUGGCGUUUGUAUUGCGGGGCGAAUCAUUGGUAUCUUAAGGGUCCUGUAGAUGGGUGGAAGGGGAUCAAGGAUGGGCAUAUGACGAUUGGAGAGGAGAAGAUUAAGUUUAUGGACUGGUUGGAGGAGCUUCGGGUGUCGAAGUGGAAGAAGGCAUGGGAGGAGUUUUGGAUGAGAGAGGAGGCUCAAGGGGAUAUUUUAUGA